AUUAAAUUAAUUAGUCCUUCUUGUCAAUCUUGGAUUAAUGGCCAAUAGCGGCGGUGCUGCUUAAUGUUUUUACUCCUCUCUCUCUCCCUCUCGUUUUUUUUCCCUCCCAUAUCAUUGAAAAGGAAGGGGGGGCUCAUCCCGGCAUCCUGAGGGGAGGUAAUUUGCACGGAUCAAGGGGGCAAGGCGCCGUAAAGUAUAAAUACUGUGACUUCAAUAGAGGAUCACCAGCAGGUUCCCUAACUCCGCUAUACCAAAGGAGGAGGAAUUGGCUGAGAAGAUAUAUAUAUAUAUAUAUAUAUAUAUAUUUUUUUUCCACCUUCAUCCACAGUUUGGCUUGCAUCAUCUCGUAUCAUUUUCAACGAGCCACACCAUUGAUGUCUUAAGCAGCGAAGGGGGAGAGUGUGUGUGAGAGAGGGAGUGAGUGUAUGGUGUUUUUUCCAAGAGGAGAGGAAGCAGUGAUGGAAGAGCUCACCGCUUUCGUAUCCAAGUCCUUCGAUCAGAAAGUGAAGGAGAAGAAGGAAGUGAUAACCUACAGGGAGGUGUUGGAGACCGGGGCGGCGCGAGCAGGGAGCCGGGAGUCUUUAUCCGCGGAGCCCGGGAGCCGAGAGGAGGCGGCCGCGGUCGCCCGGAACGUGGCUCUCUCGCCGGGCAGGGAGACGGACAUGCUCGGGCCGGAGAGGAUCAGGGACGCGGGGAGUCCCAAACUCAUUGACGGCACCACGGACGUGAAGGAGCGGAAAGAGGACUCGAAGCCCAUCGAGGAUGAAACGCAAACAAAAAUCAAGCAAAGGAGAAGUCGGACUAACUUCACGUUGGAGCAGCUCAACGAGCUGGAGCGGCUCUUCGACGAAACCCACUACCCGGACGCCUUCAUGCGGGAGGAGCUGAGCCAGAGACUGGGACUGUCAGAGGCCCGAGUGCAGGUUUGGUUCCAGAACAGAAGAGCCAAAUGCAGGAAGCAGGAGAACCAGUUACAUAAAGGAGUCCUGAUUGGAGCAGCGAAUCAGUUUGAAGCUUGUCGUGUAGCGCCAUAUGUCAACGUGGGGGCUUUACGAAUGCCAUUCCAACAGGAUAGUCAUUGCAACGUGCCGCCCUUCUCCUUUCAGGUGCAGGCGCAGCUGCAGCUGGACAGCGCCGUGGCUCACGCGCAGCACCACCUGCACUCUCACCUGGCGGCGCACGCGCCCUACAUGAUGUUCCCCGCGCCGCCUUUCGGGUUGCCCCUGGCGACGCUCGCGGCGGAGUCAGCCUCCGCCGCCUCAGUGGUGGCCGCCGCGGCUGCGGCCAAGAACACGAGCAAGAACUCCAGCAUCGCCGACCUGAGACUGAAGGCCAAAAAACACACGGCGGCGUUGGGACUGUGACAGCGAGGACACGAGGCGACUGAGGAGACACUGAACCAAAACUGCUUACAAAGUGAAGUGUGGGAGGGCGCGAAAAAGUGUCGACGGACGUAAUUUAUGUUUUCUCAAUGAAGGAGGACGAGUAUAAUUAUAAAAUAUAGGCUAUUUAUGAAAUACAAUGAGGAAGACUGUGACGUGAUAGCCUACACAGAAGCCUAAAGAGGCGGACGGGGUGGACGGCGACGCGGGGACAGACACCCCGACGAGGAAGAGGAGGAGGAGGAGGAGGAUGCAGCUGGGUCGGUCGAUUCUUUGUCAAACAAGGCGAACCAUUCUGCAAUUUUUCCUGUUUAAAUAUUGUAUUCUUCUUGUUAUGAUUUCUUUUCGAUUCUACAUAGAGGCUGGCCUCAUAAUAUUUCAAAAGAAAAGGAAAAAAAGAAAAGAAAGAAAAAGGAACAACUAAAAAAACAAAACCCCUCUGCUAAAGUAGCGGACAUUCUUUGUCAAAAUAGGGACAAUAUCUCUCCCUCCACUGUUUCUUGUCCAGUUUUGAAAAUGCCUCUGCGGUGUUUGCAUGAGUUCAUGAGCCAUACCUACCCCACUCCCCCCACCCCCACUCCUGUCAGCUCUUAUCCUCUGUCCUCCCCUCUCAGUUGAAAGUUUGGCCUUCCCGACCUUGAUUAGACCUAUCAUGGCUGAAGGUGAAACGGACUCCACGCCAGAAAUGUGAGAUUAUAAAACAAGAUGAGCGGUUUUUUUUUUAAAUCAUCAUAUGAGCCAGUCUCCAUAUAUUUAGCCUACAAGGUGAUUUGCGACCCCCCGCCCCCCCCUACCUCCCAUACACACUUCCCCCUCUCUUUUUUUAUUUUUAUUUUCUAAAGGAAGGCAAAUCUCAUAAACAAAUACCAUCUCUAACACAGUAUGCGAACCGGUACGGGCACAUGUAAAAUAUGUUUAUACUCAAGAAGAAGAAGAAGAAGAAAAAAAAACAUGCAUUAUUUUUUAUGAUUUAGUGGCUUUAUGAAUGCCUCGUUGGGGAUUUGUUCAUUUUGUAUUAUUUUCCCGUGCAUUAAAAAUCAUGUGCUUUCUGUAUGUAAUUUUGGAUGUUUUUUAUAACAGUGAACAUGAACUCACCAAACGCACGGGGUUUUUAAAGGGGUUGGGAGAAAGAAUGACCAUAAAAUUAUUUUUAUUUGUUUUUUUCCAUCACAUGUGAAACGUGAAACCACCUUAACAAAAAGUUGACUUUUUUUUUGUUCUUAUAAUAAAUUAACAAAGUUUCUUUAAUGACUUGAUUUUUCUAAUUAAUUCGAUUAAUAUACCCGCAGCAUAGUCGUUAUUGUUAUUGUUGCAAUCAGACAAGGUUUUGAGAGCAAUAGAUUUAAAAAAUAAUAAUUUAUAGGUGGAAGUCUUUUGAUAACAUCAGAGUUGUGACAGGUCCGUUUACUCGGGAACAUUAGUAUGUGUGUGUGUGUGUGUUAUGUCUCGGUGUGUGUGUGUGUGUGUGUGUGUAUUGCAGCGCCCUUGCCAAAGCGAUGCAUUAUUCAUAGUUUGCUUAUAGAGGAGUUUCAGAAGAGAACUGAUCAUUUCCAGAACAAGUUAACAGGCAGAUAAAAGACACAAAGCCGUUCAGUAUCUCAAAGAUGAAGUUUUGAAGCGUUUUAAUAAAUACAUACAGUGUAUUCUAUGUGGAUAUCAUUGAGGCAUUUUAAUGUAAAACCUUAUUAUUACUGGAAUUUGAAUCCCUCCGGACUGGAGGCCUGAUAAUUAGUUAAAACAAGUCUAGAUGUUAAAUUUUAAUUAUUCCACUCACUUCGGCUCGCAACGAUAUAAACGCACAAUUAGACUCGGCCUUGAUCCAUUUUACAUUAUUUUCCCACAACAUGUUGCAAGUGAUUAAAAGACCAACAAAAGAUGAAAUAAAGUAAAGCAGUAAGAGGAAAAUUAUACAGACAUAUCCCUUGAAUUUGGCAGCCUGCCCAUCUCUGUUGAAUGCAAAUAUUUCCUGCAUUGUGUUUUUGUUGUUGUUGUUGUUUUAUGACCUGAAGAUUGACAUUGUGAAUAAAAACAUACAGACAGCCCUCAGCUUAGAAAACAAAGCCAAAGGCUGCG